CAACCCCAAAGGAGACCGGGUUAAUUAUAUUCUUGUCGUGAGCAUAGACGGCAUACGGACCGUGGGGACUCUCAGUCUCCCCAUCCUUUCUAAGGACACCGAACUUAUGGACACGUUACCAGACAUAAACAAUGCCAACUUGAAGUGUAUACAAAUACAGCUCUUUCGCGCAGACCGGACCAUCAGCUCUGUUAUGGGGCAUCUCGGACUAGCAACCGAUAGCACGUCCGCAAGAAGGGCCCGGCCCGUAGUACGCCAAAGGGACACCCGAGAUCAAUGCCCAUGCCAACAAAGCAGGGCCCCAGUGAUGGCUCGGGUGGAACAUAUUUCCAUGACCAGGUGGGGCGUAUGGAACGUUUCCCGAUUGUUCCAUAUAUGAACGAAUCGAAUGAGAUUCAAAACGCUGGGCCACUUCGCCCAGGCAGGUGUGGUCUCCAUAAAAUUCGAGGCGGUGAUAUGACGUGUCCUUCACGAACGUCGGAUGGGUUAGAGCCUCAAGCAAACAGAUGUGGGACAACUCCAAAGGACGGUGCACAGCGCCCAUCCACGUACUGGGCCAAGGCAUCUUAUCACCGAAACUUGACCCUAAUCGCGAGUCCCAGUAUACCUACCUCGGUAUUCAAACUGACGGGUGGAGGACGUUCGUAUGUGGUCAUUGUCUGGGGGGCCGACAGUAAACGUCACUUCGUUCAGUGUUCCUGGUCCACUCCUGUUUUCUGGAGGGAGAGAGACAACGAACCUAGGUCGUCCCUCACUGCGAUCAAGGCGUAG